AGCUCUCGAUUCAGAUUUACCUGCUCCAUGGUGGGAUGCAUGCUGUGACAAAUGUCUACUACUUGGUAUUAUGAAACAUGGAUGGGAAAAGUAUACAGCAAUUCGUUUAGACCCGAAGCUAUGCUUCCGUUCUCGUGCUGUUGAAAUUGUUCAAUCUCAAUGUCCAACUGUACUAGAAGGCCUGAUGAGUAAUCUUGGCCAAUCAGUUGUGACUGCCAAAAGUUCAAACAGUGACCAUGAGACUGAAGUAGAUUUCACUAAAACUGAUGAUACAACUGAAUGUAAACCAGUAGAAAAUGUUCUUUCAACCUCUGAUUUUCCUACUUCACUUGUUGUUCCUGAAACGUCUUCAGAGAAUACUGAAGAAACUGUGCAUGAUGUAAAACAUUCAGAGAAAAGUGAUGAUAAAUUACUCAACUUAGAAGAGGAUGAUAUUUGCAAACCACUUGAAAAAGUUGUAUCACCUGUACCAGUGAUGACUUCUCUUAAUGAUGAUGAAAACAAUAUUUCAGAUGAUGUUCUACUUGCUGCUCUUCCAUUUCCCCAACUUGCUGACUUAAACUCCCGAGCUAGAAAACUUGUCGGGUUUUUCCAACGCAUCAGAAAUCAACUGGAUUCUGAUUCAACUCGACAUGUACCUAAAGUUGAAGUUGAAGAGUCCGUCACAUGCUCACCUGUUGUAAAACUUACAGAACCAAAAAUCUUAAAAUGGACGCGUAGAGAGGAAGCUGAUUUUUACCGUGUAGUAUCAAGCUUUGGUGUGGAAUUUACUGAAAUUCCACCAACAGAUAAUGAUGAAUUGCCAAAAUCAGACACUACUGAUGUUAUCGAUGAAGAAUCAAAGUCAUCGCCGAAGCCACCAAUUCCAAGAAUAUAUAGUUGGAUUAAUUUUCGACAACUUGGUAAUCUAGGUCGAAAAUCCGAUCAAGCACUAGUUGAAUACUUUCAAGCUUUUUAUCGAAUGUGUCAACGUGUUUGCAAAAAAGAACUCACUAUAUUUGCAGAACCUGCUUCCACUAUUGCUACUACUACAACAUCAGGAUCAAGUGAUUUAGGCUGUGAACUUGUAAUUGAUCCAAUUUCUGAAGAACGUGCUAGUCGUUGUUUAUCACGUAUUGAUUUAUUGGUGCGAAUUCGAAAUAAUAUUUUACAGCAUCCUGAUCUAGAAGAAAGACUUAAAUUGUGUCAGUCUAGUUCUGAUCUUCCAGGUUGGUGGAUACCGGGAAAACAUGAUAAAGAGUUGUUGUUUGCUGCUGCAAAACAUGGACUAGCUCGUACUGAUUUGAAUAUUCUUCAAGAUUCGAACUCGAGUUUCGCACGGAUAGUUCAGUUAAUUCGCGAUAAGCUAGCUCAUGAUCCAGCAGUCACAGACUAUCCAGGAGAUUUGAAUGCUAAUCAAUCAAGUCGAUCCAGUAUAGCUGCAGCUGCUGCUUCAGCAGCUCGUUCAGCUGCAACCCAGUUAUUAGAAGAAGAAAGUACUGGUCCCUCUGAUGUACCAUCAUCUGAGGCAAAUACAGUCAAAGUUGAUAUAACAAACAAAUUAGAAUGCAAUCAAUCAGACAAUCACUCUCCAAUGGUUUCUACAAAUUGUCAAGAUCCUGUCACUACCAAAGAUGACAAUGAAGCUGAUUCUGUAACUUCUGAAACUGUCGUUUCACAUGAUAUUACAACUCCAUCUGCUGUGAAUAACAUUGAGAACGAUGUAUUAUCAGAUGUCAGCCAGAUUGUGAAUGAGAAAAACGAUGUCAAAGUCACUAUUAAAGAAGAUCAAGAUUCUGCUUCCGUGAUUGGUGGUGUGGACGGUGCUGAUAUUGCUAAAGUCGGAUCAGACUCGACUGUUGCUGAAUGGUCUCUCAAAUUCGCUACUAAUCUGGCAAUCUCAUGGCCUAAAGACAGAACUAUUCAACACCGUUUAGAACUUAUUUGUCAAACUGUUGAAAUCUUGAUUAAAAAUUUUACUAUACCAAAAUGUUUAAUGUGUUGUUUCCAGACUAACGAAUGGACAAAGCCUCGCCGUUUUAUUACACCGAUUACCACUGCGAUUCCAGUUUCAUCUUCUAUGGUAAAUUCUACUCGGUCGCAUGUAGAAUCAAAGAUUACUAAUUUAAGUACUGUAUUUCCUCCCAAUUAUCGAAGUUCAAUGUCAUCAAUUCGUGACAAUUAUCCCUUAUCGUCUAGUAAUUCUAGAAGGACUUCGAUGAAUUCUACUCAUGUUUCAUUACCUCGAAAACAGUAUGGUCUACCGGUUUUUUCUCCUGAAAUGAACUCUAAUUCAAUUGAUUCAACAUGUGACUUGAAGUUAUCUAGUCUAACAGACAUAUCAUCUGCGGUUACGAACAAUGAAUUAGACGAGCCACAGCAAUUCGAUUUCUCUAUAGGUGGGAGGCAUAUUAACUCAUCACACUGUAAGUCAGCGUCAUUACAAUCUUAUUCUUCUGAAACACCGUCCUCAGCUUCCAUACCAACAGAAUCUGAUGAGAGUAUUUCUACAUCUGCCAACUUUCCAUUAAAUAUAAAUGAUAAUCCAUUACCCUUUGUUUCUACCCCUACAAACGAGAAUACAUUAGUCGACCGAAACCGUGGUCGAAGUCGUAAUCGAAGUAAUCGAUCUAACUCACUUAGCAAAAAUUCAUUUAAUAAUCGUGAUAAAUGUCAAACAAAUUCUGAUACUGAUCAAGAAACCUUAACAUUUCGUGACACUACUCAAAAAUCUACAACUUCGCAUUCUGAACACUUUUCACAAAGUUCCAAAUCGUUAUCGAUUGCUGCCAGUAAUCCAGUGUCUGAUGAUAAUGAUUUUUCAAUGCCACCACCAAGUAUGCCAUCUGCGCCACGCUCUGUUUCCGGAGCAAAUAAUCGUGGACGUAAACGGAAAAGUGAUGCAUCUAAACAUCUACCGGAUUCAAAUUCAACGUUCUCAAAAGCUUCGUACAGUUCUAAACGUGAACGUGUCAGUUCAUCGAAAAUUGAGUCGAAUAGCAAUGAUAUACAAAAAGCUUCUCAAAAUACAAGUUCUGACAUUUGGGAUGUACGUGUCCCUGUAAUUAGUUUAGUUGAUGGUUCUUUAAUUUAUGGUGAUAAAGCUCCUGAACGAAGGUCUCUUGAAGCUUGGUUGGAUGCAAAUCCAAACUAUAUGCCAUAUUCCGUGGAAGUGGUAAGUGGUUCUGCUUAG